AUGAUCCAAAGAGGUGUACCACUCGAAACCGAAUAUGCUCCAUAUACUGGCGUCAAAGGGCAGUGUCGCCUUCAGCACGGUCGCGGUACUAUCAGCUCGUCAGUCAGCAUUCCAGCCGGUUUCCAAUCCAUUCAAAAUUAUCUGGCAAGCCGUGGCCCAUUUGUGGGAACGGUCUUGAUCACACAUGCACUACAGCAUUUCAAAGGCGGACAAAUCUAUCGCCCAACACAGGCGGAAUGCACCUCCAAUGUGGGCGGACACGCUUGGCUUGUUGCUGGCAUUGAUUACGAAGGCAACAAUCCUUACUACAUCAUCAAAAACAGCUGGGGAACUUCUUAUUCGCUACUUUAUCGUCAUAUUGAAGACAUCUUGGACGUCUUCGACGAUGGGGUGAGCAAGGCUACAUUCGUUUCGGAGCUGGGCAAAACCUCUGCGAGUCGGAAUCACGAAGUUACGGCGCGCAAAUGUGAGGAGCCGGAAGGAGCAGCAGCACUGGCUCCAUUCCAAACUGCUACCACGAUGUGUUCAUAA